AUGUCGUCUGAUAUAUGUGACACCGCGACGGUGCGCGCAGAACGAUCUCAAUACAUCGAACAGCUACGAUUAAAGCUUGCCCAACUCGAAAAACCCCAUAUCGCAAGUGAGUCCAUGGUGAGGACUCUGGCAUACUUUCCCGAUCGACUGUCAUCUGUCACGGAAGUUUCUGCCAAGAAAGAGAAGACCGAUGAAGAUGAGGGCUUUCUGGAAGGCUUCAAGUACAUGGCUCCCGACGAUACACGUGACAUUUGCCGCUUCAUGGGCCGGUCCAGCGGCUACGCUCUCAUCAGGGCUGCAGUACAAAUGAAGCAGGAUCUCGUAAAAAGCAGGCAAAUCCCGUUACAUAGCCGGAUGUGUAGUCCCACAAUGUUUUCCAACUGGCGUUCAGAAUUCUGGUUAUGUGACAUGGAUAUCUUCCCGCCAAGCCCUCCAUACACAGAAUUCCCGGAACCUGCAAUCAUGAACGAGCUCCUCGACGAGUACUUCCUGACCAUCCACGUCAACUUCCCUCUGCUGCACCGUCCUACGUUCCUACAGAGUAUCGCCUCAGGACUACACUUGACAGACGAAGGCUUCGGUGCUACGGUGCUGCUCGUGUGUGCCCUGAGUGCGCGCUUCUCGGCCAAUCCCUCCGUGCUCCCGCCUGGCUCGGCGAACUGGUGGUGGGCGGGUUGGCAGUGGUUUUACCAGGUGCACGCCAUGCGCAAGCUUAUUCCGCUCACGACUACCACGCUGUACGAUCUGUAG